AUGGCUCCUUAUGAAGCCUUAUAUGGACGAAAACGUAAAACACAUUUGUGUUGGACGGAAGUUGGUGAAGAAAUAAUCUUAGGACUGGAGAUUAUUCAAGAGACUACGAAAAAGAUAAGGAUGGUUCGUGAUAAGAUAAAGAAAGCACAAGAUCGCCAAAAGAGCUACGCGGAUAAUAGAAGAAGACCAUUAGAAUUUAAUGAAGGACUAUACCAGAUUAUAGAGAGGAUUAGUGAAGUAGCUUACAGAUUAGCCUUACUGCCUUCUUUAUCAGAAAUGCAUGAUGUUUUUCACGUGUCUCAACUUCAAAAGUUCAUUAUGGAUUCUCUUCAACCUAUUCUUCCAGGUUCAAUAGAAGUAGAAGCAAGCCUAACUUUGGAACCUCUACCAAAUCGUAUUGUAGGACCGGAAAUUAAGGUAUUGAGGAAUAAGGAGAUCCCUCUUGUUAAGGUUCAGUGGGAUGAAUCAUAUUUGGGCGAUGCUACCUGGGAACUCGAGUCUGAAAUGCGAGAAGUUUACCCUUAA